UAGAUAACUACCUGUAGCGCGCCUUAAUAUAAAAUUACUUAGUGAGUUAAUUGUUGAUUUUUUCUAUAAUUAAUUUUAUAUUUUGUUUAGAAUUCUAGAAUUAGAUGAUCCGCAUUUAUAAUUGAACAUUGGUGAAACAUAACCUAAUUCGUAUCAACCACUUCUGUUUCCCGAAUAACUUUCAGAUAAACACAGGGCAAAAUGUGUCCCAUUUGGCCCCUUCACUUGAUCGUGAUAUACCUGUUGGCCUUGUGUCCACUAUGGGUGAUAUGCCAAUCAGUGCCCAACCUUAUCUCCAACUUUGUACCAAACAACAUCACAGUGCACAUGGACGACACUGAAUAUGUGAACCUCACAAUUACAGGAACUGGUAUGCAAGCGGGCGACAUAUUCACAAUAGAAACUGAACGAGAUCACGUAGCAAUAGGAGAAUGGAACUCAACAUAUAGUAUAUCAGAAGAUAACUCAGAUAACAAUAUCUGGCAUGGAAAAGUGAGGGUCAUUGGAAAUUUUCUAGGUAGAACUAAUUUGUCAAUUAACACCAUCCGCGAUGGUGCUGCGCAUCUAGUGAAAGGCGCCUUACCAGUGACUGUGAUACGACCGGCGCGGGUCAUAGAUACUAUAUUCACUACUAGUGUUGCCACAUUGGUGUCCCUAAUCUUCAUUAACUUUGGCUGCGCAAUGCAUUGGCCGACCGUGAAAGAAGUGUUAAAGAGGCCCAUCGGCCCUGGUAUAGGAAUGAUUGGACAGUUCCUGUUUAUGCCACUUAUGUCAUUCGGGUUAGGUUUUCUUAUAUUCCCUGAUAAACCCGAGAUGCGUCUGGGCAUGUUUUUCACGGGCGUGUCGCCGGGCGGAGGCGCAUCCAACAUUUGGACCUUCAUCCUCGGUGGAAAUCUAAAUCUUUCGCUGGCCAUGACGUCUAUAUCCACAUUCGCUGCCUUCGGCCUAAUGCCGAUGUGGUUGUUCUCACUUGGCCAAGUGGUGUUUCGUAAUGCGAACAUCGUGGUUCCGUACCAACGGAUCGGUACGUUUGUUGUUGGCCUUAUAGUGCCGCUAGCGAUCGGUCUGGGCAUGCAGCGCUGGACUCCAAGGUUGGCCGCCUUCAUGGUCAGGAUCCUUAAGGGAUUCUCGACGGCGUUACUUCUUUUCAUUAUUGGAUUCGCUAUUGCGACUAAUUUAUAUAUCUUCGAGUUGUUCACGUGGCAAAUAAUAGUAGCAGGUAUUGGUAUACCAUGGCUCGGGUAUGCGUUCGGGUACGCACUUGCUAGAAUCUUAAAGCAACCACACCCCGACGCACUCGCAAUCUCUAUUGAAACCGGCGUGCAAAACACUGGAAUUUCCAUAUUCUUGCUGCGAUACGCGCUUGACCAGCCAGAAGCUGAUCUCACCACAGUGGUGCCAGUGGCAGUAGCUAUCAUGACGCCAAUACCCAUGACAGCUAUAUACAUUUAUCAGAAGAUCAGAGGCUGUAUCGACAGAAGAAAUGAACCAAAAAAAAUCGUUGAAGACCUCUCACCAGUAUCAGACAGAGUCGAGUCCAACGUCGUCACAACCGUUGAUGUCGAAAAUUGAGGUGUAAGCGCCAUCUUGCAGUCGAAUUCGGGAAAAUAAUAUUAUAUUACACAUAAACAAAUCUAAAUGCCUAAAUAUAAACUUUAAAAAACUCAUAAAGUU